CCUUUUUAUUUGGUUUCAGUUAUAAGAUUUCAGAUUAAUAAAGCAAACAAUCUAUAAGAAAAAAUUAUAAGUCAGUUUGAUUGACAAUAUUUUGAAAUCAUACCUUCCUACUUGUGGUGAACUCGUCAUAUCUAUCAAUCUUGGUUAGUAUUGCAAUGAGUUGGAUCGGUGGGUCGCUGAUUUUGAAAAUUUAUAUUUCUCAUUCAUUAAUUGUUAAUUAUUAGAAAAGUAACAUCACUUAUACCCACCAUUCUAAUGCCAAAUUAUACAGGUAUGCAAAGAUCAUGAUUUUGAUCAAUUACCAUAAUCUUUUGAUGUAACAGGGUUUAUCCAUUUUAAAAUUCCAAUUUUCAAAAUUCCAAUGAUAUUCGUUAUACCUGCUUCUGCUGUCGUAAUCAUUCUGGUAGUAUUGGUUCUCAUGUGUAUGUGCAGAAAGAAAAAGACACCAACUCAUGUAGAAGGUAUUUGAUGCAUCAAACCAACAAAUUAUAUAUUACGAAGUAUUACAUGCACUGUUUUACACUAAUUAUUUCUUUUUCUACAGGCGUGCCACCUUCACCAAUUUUAUCUACUAGUAGUAGUAUAUCUGAAGAAUCGAUCAAGAUGACAAAGAAAAAGUUUACAUAUUCAGAAGUUACAAAAAUGACAAACAAUUUUCAAACAGCUCUUGGCGAAGGACGCUUUGGCAUUGUAUAUCAUGGUUAUUUGAAUGGUUCAGAGGAAGUAGCUGUUAAAGUUGAACUUUUACUUCGAGUUCACCACAUAAACUUGGUCAGCCUUGUCGGGUAUUGCGAUGAACGAGGUCACUUAGCUCUCAUCUAUGAAUACAUGUCCAAUGUAGAUUUAAAACAUCAUCUGUCAGGAAAACAUGAUAUAUCUGUUUUAAAGUGGAGUACACGAUUAAGAAUAGCCCUUGAUGCCGCACUAGGAUUGGAAUACUUACAUAUUGGAUGUCGACCAUCAAUGGUGCAUAGAGAUGUCAAAAGUACGAAUAUAUUGUUGGACCAGCAAUUAACCGCCAAAAUUGCGGAUUUUGGGCUUUCAAGAUCUUUCCAACUUGGAGAUGAAUCUCAUAUUUCUACAGUUGUUGCUGGUACUCCUGGAUAUCUUGAUCCCGAAACAGGUCGCUUGGCUGAGAUGAGUGAUGUCUACAGCUUUGGGAUUGUGUUAUUGGAGAUACUCACAAACCAACGUGUGAUUGAUCAAAACCGUGAAAAGCCACACAUAACAGAAUGGGUAGCGUUUGUGCUUAACAGGGGAGAUAUUACCAGGAUUAUGGAUCCUAGUCUUCGCGGUGAUUACGACUCAACUUCUGUAUGGAAGGCUCUUGAAUUGGCUAUGUCAUGUGCAAACCCUUCUUCCCAAAGACGACCAAACAUGUCCCAAGUUAUUAGUGGACUAAAAGAGUGUCUUACUUCUGAAAAUUUAAUGAGAAGUAAGAAACAAGACGUCGAUUCUGAUAGUUCCCUUGAAAUGACCAUCAACUUUGAUACCAAUGUUUUCCCCAGUGCAAGAUAGUAUUCGUAAAGAAACUUUAUAAAUGUUGAUGUAUCAAAUUUUUCUUUCGCCAUUUUCAAAAAGAAAAGUUUUAUAACUAAAGAAACAAGAGAUGAACAUUCUUUUGAUCUUGUAUCCUAUCGUGUAAUUUCUGUCCACAUGUAUAUGCAGUUAUUUGUUUUUCAUAUAACAUGUAUGUAUAGCUAACAAUGAUAGCGGCUGUUUGUAUCACUCAAAUUACCCUAUGAGUAGCUUUACUCUCUCAAAUAAGAGGUUCAGUUAUAUUACUUAGAGAUCGAAUCUUCAUAUAGUGUGGACACACAAUAAACUCAAUGCAAUCACGAUUAAGCUAGGCAAUAAUAUAUUAAAGCAGUAAAUAAGAAAAUCAGUUGGUUGUUCGGUUUGUAAGUAUGAGAAUAAAUAGAUAGAUCUAGGAUUUCAGGCAAUCAGGAUUAUAGAGGUAUAUAUGCUAAGGGUUUGUGAAUGACAAUCCUAAAAACUCGAAUUCUAAUGUAAAGAUAUCAAGAUGUCGGUGCGAGUCUAAUAAAGUGUCUAAGUCCAGUGCUCCAGCUUUCGCUUGCGAUUACAGAGUGAGUGUCGAUUGUUGCUAACUUUGUAGCGUUGGUCGACACUACCUUAGGGCGGUUUUAUACUCCUAUUCGAUUAGUUCACUAGGUAAUCCAUGAGUAUAUUGGUAAUUUAUGGUGGCUGUUGGGCUUAAGUCGGUCAUGAAAGAGACUCGGCCCGCGUUAUGGCAUCACCGUCAAUCAACACCAAGGGUGCACCGUCGAUCGACAUUUCUUCAUCUCCUUGACAGCUUCCUCUCGCGAGGCAGACAUACUACUCUUCUGCUAUAGGAUGCUGAUUGACCGUAAACUGAUGGCACUGGAAAUCUAACUAAAAUUUCUAUCUUGUGUCAAAAGAUGGGCUCAAUCGCACCGUGUAAAGGUCUUCAUCCAUAGAUAAACAUCUAACGCCUCUAUGCAGUUAUGUACCUCGAAAGUCUCCAAAAGGCUCCAAAAUUACAAAAGUUCUCCAAAACGUACCUGAACCUGAAAACACUCUAUAAGAUACUCCAAACACAUAUAUUAGACUCCAAAACACUUAUAUACCAUGGCUGAAAGUGGUAAAAUCCAUGGUAUAUCAUUCUACACUUUCUCUUAGGUAGUACAUUUUUCUUUGCUGGAGCUUUAUCAGCAUUUUUAUUUGCUGUAGCUUUAUCGGCUUUGGUCUUAGUUGGAUCUUGUUCGGCUUUGCUAGGACCGAUUGCUUCACAACUUAAAGUGAAAGCUUCUCUGAGCUGUGAAACCUAACUCUCCAUCUUCCCCAUCCUCUCUACAAAACCAGCCUCCAUCUUCUCCAAUUGCGUACUGAGUCUAUCCCCCAAGGAAGUGAUAGAUGUGUGGAUGAGACCCUGAAUGAAACUCUUAGUUUCAGGAUCAAGAGUUAUUUUUUUGCGGCAGAUCCCUGACACAGUAGCUUCUUCUUUCUUGAAUCGGCUCCUUCGUCAUGAAUCUUUCUCUUGCCUCUUCCUGCAACAUUAGUCGCAGUGGUGUCCACUUCUGCUGCAA